AUGGGCUCCCCUUGUGGGGCUGGGGUAGCUAACUACGUUAUGGGUUACUGGGAGGCCAAUAUACUAAAUAAGAUCCCUGGCUUGCUGGAACCUGUUAUUUAUUACACCAGGUUCCUGGACGAUAUUUUUAUAUUGUUCAGGGGCUCUGAAUUGGAGGCUGCAGGCCUUGUUGAAACUAUGAAUUCAACAACUGAGUUCUUAAAAUUCACAUUCAAAUUUUCAACAAAUGAGAUUGACUACCUUGACGUCAAGUUAGUAAAGGACCCUACUAGUGGUGGAUUGACGUCAACAGUGUUUAGAAAACCUACAUACUGCAAUUCUUUCCUGCACUUCUCCAGUUUCCAUCCGUACCAACAGAAACGGUCUAUUGUAAAAGGACAACUGGUGAGGGCAGGAAGAAUGUGCAGUACAAUGACUGAUUUCACUAAAGAAUGUGAAUUAUUGAGGGAAAUGUUUAACAAUCGAGGGUACCCUGACCAGCUGUUAUUAGACUUGAUUGGGGAAGUCACCAACAAGAGAACUAAUGGUUUGUACAAACCUUUACUACCCCAACAAGAUCUUACACAACCUGACUCUAUUACUAAUGCAGUACCGAUUGAGGUUAAUUUGAACAAUGGUGAGAUGGUUAAACUUAUAACUUCAAGUGUAGAAUGUGACUUCUCUUUGAGUUUUAUUACUACUUUUAGUAAAAACUCUAAGGAGAUUCUGGCCAUAAUACGAAAAAACUGGCAUUUCAUUUCUUCAAAUGCCCUCUUGGCUGAUAAAUUAGGUAGUAAACCUAGGUUCAUCUUUAAGAGAUCAAACAACCUUAAGGAAUUGUUACAAAGGGACGUGCCUCAAAACACAUUCCAUAAAAAGAGAGGCAUGUUUAAAUGCAGUUUUUGCAAGUUUUGUAAUAGGGUCAGAAUAGGUGAAACAUUUGUUGUCAGGGACAAAAAGUAUCAUAUCCGUUUCACUCUAAAUUGUGAGAGUAAAUCUAUUAUAUACAUAGCCAUGUGUGAUUGUUGCCAAGCGUUCUACAUUGGAAAAACGGACCGUAGGGUCCGGGACCAAAUGUAUGAACAUAUGUAUGCCAUCAGGAAUGAUAAGAGUGAUAAUGCAUUGGCAAAACACAUAGGUUUGAACCCGGGUCAUAGUUUCCAGUUUAUGGCCAUUGACCAGGUACCAUUGAAGAUUAGGGGUGGCCCUUUUUCGUUAAUCCUGGAGAACCGAGAACUAGAAUGGCAGUUACGCCUGGAUGCGUUCAGGCAGUUUAGGUUAGCUGCCUGGGUAUUGACAGGGGUGUUUUUAAGACAGGGCUCCAGAAGGGAUGCUAGUGUUUUCUCCAACCAACUGAGAAGAUCUUUACCGACUGCUUCAGCUCUACGAAGGCAGUCUGGUUUGGUUGACGUUCCAAAGAGAGUCCCAGAGAACCCAUCUAAUCUUCGACUUCCUUUAAAGGAUACCCAAAAUAUACAGCGGAAUUCUAAUGUCCGGCUUACCAGUUUGAGACGAAGAUCAUGGACUGACAUUACUGAUUUCCCACAAAAAGGUUUAACCACUGAAGUCCGUGCCAAAGGAUUCUUGCGCAAACCGACACAGGUUUGGCUACCACUGAAGGAUACACAGGAGAAUGUACAAAAGGAAGCAGAUGUUAAUUUAAAAUAUUUGAGACGAAGAUCAUUGCCAGCUGUUCUUCAGAGACCACUGCAGACUGAUGACGCACUGAAAAGGAGGCAGGAGUUCACAUCACAGCUCAUUCAGCCUCGCAGUCUAAAGGAAACUGAUGUCCAGACUUUAAACUUGAAACAAUCUCGGUCAAACAGGAUUCUAAAGACUUCAAGAGGGAAUCAAGAGCACACUUCUUUAAAUCGGCUGCUGCUCAGUGCAAAGCAAAAAUUUCCUCCCUCUCUAAAUAGUCCAGAUAAACCAUUAGAGAAUCUGCCCAGUUUUGGUUCUUUAAAGUUCGACAAAGGAUCAUUAGGAGUCUGUACUAAAAAAACUGUUAAGAGAAUGGAUACUGGAGCAAAUUUAUCAGAAAAGGGAAAUGUGCUGGAUAGAACAUGGGUUAAUGAUGAAAAGAUGUGUGAGAAAGUCAGUAGUGUUCGUUUCAGAGGUCCAGUAAGCAAGGAGACUGCAUUAAAUAAGCCGCAAUACUUAAGUCAGUUGGGCUUGCCAGACUCUAAACACGCUACAACAUUUGUUAUUCUGGAUGAGGAGGGAAAUGGUAUAUUUCCUUCAGAACUAUCAAGUCAUGUUUUUUCAAAACAGUGUGUAUCGGAAUCUAUUUCAAAUGGGAGCAUCGCAGAAAAUGGUGCCAGAAACCUGAACUCUGUAGAUCACAGUGAGACCUCGUGUUGCAUUUCUAAAGAUGGAAAUUCUGCACUGGAGUCUAGCCAUGUCUGCUCUCCUAUAGAAGAGAUACACAGUGACAGCUUUGAACACAAUCCAAACAUGUCUGCAAGCAGUGAAUUCUUAGAGGGAAAUGUGCAUCAAAGCAGAGUUAAGUUUUUCAGCACUCCUGUACCUAAGCUGAGGUCAAAUAAAAUUCUCAGUCCUGUUUUUGAAGAGAAUGAGUGUUCCUUGACUGAGAUUCUGACAAAUGCAGAAGAGGUUACAGCUGGUAUGAAUUUGAGAAGAAAUCUGCCAUUUGUAAAGACAGAUGCUGUAUGCCCUGAAUCGGAACCACCCGUAACAACACCUUUGUUUUACAGUUUCUUCAUGGAGGAAUGCUUGUCUAUUGUCAAUCAGAUGGAAACCAAUGUUUCUUCAAAUACAGACUCAUGUGAACCUUGCCAGCAGGUGACUCCUGCAAAACGAAGUCAGGUGUUGAAUAUUUCGACCAUUAAUGAUGAGCCUUUACCUUUUGAUUCCUCACCAAUGAAGUCUUUGUUGGCAUUUGAAGCUGCAAAAGUUAUUAGAUCUUUGGAAAACAGCCCAGCAGUGGUAGAAGAUUCUUUGCUUGGAAUUACCCACUUUAGUAUUUUGGAUGUUGAAAAAAUUAACUGUGAGUUUCUUGAUGCACCUGAAUCCAGGAGUGGGGAUUGUCAGGAACAGAAGCUAAUCAUGAACAAAACUGGCAUACGUCUGUCAAUAUCAGAUGACUCCGACUUUAAAGCUUUAGGCAAAAUAAAGCUGAAAGUGGCAGCACUGCUGUUCAAAUUAACAGAGGAUCAUUUGAUACACAAACUGUAG